GUGAUUCCUACGGUUACCCAGGGCUGCUUCCUACUGGAGCCUACCGUGUGCUCUGGGGCAAAGUAUUUUAUAACCUCUGGAUAAAUUAUCAACCACGGGGAAUGAUAUCUCCGCCGACAAAGGCCCCAGAAAAGUGGUUCUGGUGUGCAGGACAGGUGCAGAGAGAAUACUGAUAGCAGUGAUGGCACCUGUCAGGAGCUCUUGGAUGUGAGGUUAAUGUUUCCUCACCGGGCACCCCCAGGGUUGCUUUCAAGCCUGACUGCCGACAGCUCGCCACCUCCGUCAGCCUCUUGAGCGAGCCGAUUGAUCGCCUCUAGCUCAACAAGCUUCUGCCAGCGGUCCAGCCGAGCAGCCUCCGAGUUGUCUCCCCGAGGCCCAGCUGCCUGGGCAGGACUGCAUCGCCAUGGACACGGAAUCCACCUACUCAGGCUAUUCCUACUACUCCGGACGCUCCCGGGGAUCCCACAGGCACGGGGAGCGCAGCCGGGACCGCCACAAGUCCCGCAGUAAAGACAGCCGCUCUGAAAAGUCGGUAACAAUUAACACACCGCCUGCAGAGCCGCUGCUGGGCGACUCGGCUGUUCGGGGGGAGCAGAUCCAGGAUGACAACUGGGGCGAGACCACCACGGCCGUCACGGGCACAUCAGAGCACAGCCUCUCGCAGGAGGACAUCGUUCGUAUCACCAAGGACCUGGAGGACAGCGUGGGGCUGGACUGCCGCCGUUACUUCACCCUGACCCUGGCCGUGAUCCUGGGCCUGCUGGUGUUCUUGACGCCGCUGGCCUUCCUGGUGCUCCCCCACCUCCUCUGGCCGGAGAGGCUGCAGAGCUGCGGCACGGCCUGCGAGGGCCUCUUCAUCUCCGUGGCCUUCAAGCUGCUCAUACUGCUGCUGGCCGUCUGGGCGCUCUUCUUCAGGCCGCCACGGGCCGGCCUCCCGCGGGUGUUCGUAUUCCGAGCGCUGCUCGCCGUGCUGGUGCUGCUCUUCGUGGUCUCCUAUUGGCUCUUCUAUGGAGUCAGAAUACUCGACUCACAGGAUGAAAACUACCAGGGCAUUGUGCAGUACGCCGUGUCCCUCGUGGACGCUCUGCUCUUCAUCCACUACCUGGCCAUCGUCCUGCUGGAGCUCCGGCAGCUCCAGCCGUGCUUCUCUGUGUGCGUCACACGCUCCACGGAUGGCGAGAUGAGGCACUACAACCUGGGACAACUCAGCAUUCAGCGGGCAGCUCUGGCCAUCUUAGAGCACUACUACUGUGACUUCCCGGUCCAUAACCCGGCGUUGCUCUCCGCCUCCAAGUCCCGUGCAGCCAAGCACCUGGCCGGCCUCAAGGUCUACAACGUGGAUGGUGAGUUCCCAGCAGCCCCCGCUGAGGGUCCGGGCAACAACGCAGCAGCGGGACUGGCCCACUCCCAGUCCAGAGCCAUGAUCGCAGCAGCCGCCCGCCGCAGAGACACCAGCCACAACGAGCUGUACUACGAGGAGGCUGAACACGAGAGGCGUGUCCGCAAGCGCAAAGCACGACUGGUGGUGGCAGUAGAGGAGGCGUUCACACAUAUCAAGCGCAUGCAGGAGGAGGAGCAGAAGAAAGCUCCAGGAGACGUGAUGGACCCUCGAGAGGCGGCACAAGCCAUCUUCCCAUCCAUGGCUCGCGCCCUGCAGAAGUACCUGAGGACCACCAAGCAGCAGCACUGCCACAGCAUGGAGAGCAUCCAGCAGCACCUGGCCUUCUGCAUCACCAACAACAUGACGCCCAAGGCAUUCCUGGAGAGCUACCUGACCCCGGGUCCCACCCUGCAGUACAGCCGGGACCACUGGCUGGCCCGUCAGUGGACGCUGAUCAGCGAGGCGUCGGUCACCAGCGGCCUAAAGGACGGCACCAUCUUCCUGCUCAAGUGUGUGGACUUCAGCCUGGUGGUGACGUCGAAGAAGAUCCCGUACAUCCAGAUGUCAGAGGAAUACAUCGACCCCAAGUCACACAAGUUUGUCCUGCGGCUACAGUCCGAAACCUCCGUGUAGGACUCCAGACUUUUUAUUUUUUAUUCCUCGCCCCGUUUCUCUCAAAUGUUUUCAUUUUGGGUUUGCAGUUUUUAUUUUUACUUUUUUUGGAUUUUUUUAUAUAUUAUAUAUGAAUCUAUAUAUAUUACACACAUGUUUGAAUAUAUUGAUCUUUUUAUGUUUGAUGUGAAUGAAAACAAAAGAAAGAAUUGAGCAGGAUUACGCUCGCCGCGGUUUGGCUCGGAUGCCUCGGACACGGGUUGUGUGCACAUGCAGUAUGUGUGUAUGCACAUGUGUCAUUUUGUGUCAACACAAUCACUCGAUCCUUUUCUGUUUGAGAUGCUUUAGCCAAACAAAGUGGGAACGUUGGAGGUUUCUGACAUCCUCACAGGCACUUUGGUGUCUCGGUCACUCCUUUAUCUUCAUGGGACAGACAAACCACUCAGGACUGCGAUGGUGUGACUUGGAGUCUGAUAAUUGAAGCCUGAUGGAAACACAUGACAAAUAUCAUGCCUGCCGUCUCCUCUACAACAUUUGAAAGUAUUCAGAUGUUCUUAUGGACGUCACUUUCUCUUGAAAACCAAAUUAAAUGCAUUUGACUAAAAGACUAAGCUAAACUUCAAUCAUACUUUGCAUUCAGUGCACAUUUAUGUAUGUUUAUAAAGUAAAAGAAGAUGCCUAAAACGGAUGGAACAUAUGAACUCAGCCUGGUCAAAAAGGAUUGUUUUCAUCACUACUUCAGGACAUCUCUAGAGCUCUGGCCAAACCCUUUCCUUGACAGCUGAGAUGUUGAACUCCAGCCCGCCUCAUGUCCAGCCUUAGGCGCACGGUAGCACCCUCCUGUGCUAAUUCUCGCAGCCAAAGUGGCACGCUUUGUGCGUGUGUUGGUGCACGGCUCUUCUCCAGGUGCAAACUCGGAAAUUUUUCCACUCCAGUUGGAAACAACACACUCAUGCCAUGUUAAACACAGAAUGAACCGGAUCAUAAGAGACGCUUAGAGGUGGAUACGUGCCCAAAAACAUUUGCCCUGCCUCAUCGGUUCAGUAACCUUCUCAGGGCUUUCAUGUCUGCCGCAUCUGCCUGACAUGAUGGAAAGGGAAGGCAGCAAGGAGGAGAGACAGCCACGAUGUCAGAUAUAAGAAAUACUACUGAUGACUCUAAACCAGAAUGACCCCUAAAUAAUCUAAAUACCGUAAAUAUUGCAGUACUCCUGAUCAGUGUUAAGCUACUGGCAACAGAACGCAACACUUCCUGAUGUUUUUCACAUUAAAAGUCAGCUUAUAAAGGGAACGCCGCAGGACUUUUUCAGCAUUGAGACAGGAAACAUGGGGAACAGAGGAUGUUGCAUUUAUAUAGAGAGCACCUUAACCACGAGGCCACCAGGAUGCCCCCAAGCUGUGCGACUUUUAAUGUGGACAUUCUGGAGGAAGUGUUGGGUUUCAUUCAUGGUAGCAUAACAUUUUGGAGGAAAAGGUAAAGUAGAAUACCUGACAAGACUUGUUGUAAAUCUCCUCCACUGAGCAACUUGAAGGCCACUGUUUGAGAGAUUUCUGUAUUUAAAGUAUGAUUUCAUCUUCCAGGGCUCACAGGGUUUGCUUGUUUCACCAGAAUAGAUAAUAGAUGAAAAUGUGAGUGUGUAUCAGUAGUGAGAGCUGCAGCAGGGCGGAACCUUCCUCCCAACUGGACCGUCUGGUUUUCCUUUACUCCCCUGUCGCUCCUCUGUUGUCUGAUAUGCUCACGGUGAAUCCCUCGAGGUCAAAUGUAAAGCCGGACGAAUCCAGUUAGAUUAAGCUAAAGGCACUAAAGUGACACUUUUAGAUCCGGUCAAAUUUGACGACUCUGUCCUUGUCAUAACUGAUCUGGUAAAUUCGCCAAAGUAGUAAAAGAGAAUCACACUGAGCUCAUCUCACUCCAGUCUAGUGUGGCUAUGAGCACAGUUAUCCCCUACUGCCCCCUGGCUGGUAAACCUAAUAUUAACAGCCUGCCUGAGGGCAGCAGCAACCUGUUUUCAUAGAAAUCAUAAAGAUACUGUUCAUUUUAGAAAAAUAAAUCUUUUACUGUAAACUUGUAACUUUAAACCAUCUGGAAAGAAAAACACUUUUGCAUAAUGCAACAGCAUUUCUUUCUUUCUUUUUUUACACACCUGCAACUGGUCAUAUUUUGUACCUACUGACGGAUGAACUUUGUAUGAUCCCAAUGUGACUGUGCCUCCUGUUUUUACACUGUAUCUAUUUAUGUAAACAAGCAUGUGUGUGUGGGUAUGUGUGUGUGUUUGUGUAUGUAUGUAUGUGUGUGUAUGUGUAUGUAUGCCAUUCCAGUUCACAUGACCAGCCUUUUCCCCUCUCCUCCACACCACCACCAUCUGUCGCACUGUUGCCAGGUUACACUCCUCUGUCAUGGUUGGGUUUUUUGUUGGACAGCUUUAUGAUGAAGACGUGACAUUGCAAUGUAAGACAGGUUUCAGUUUCACAGCAUUAGCAUUUGUAAAACAAAAAAUAAACAUU